AUGGUGGUGAGUAACAAGAAAAUGUCGGAAACUCAGGCCGUGUUUUACCCACCUUCGCUAAUGCCUGCUUUUAUGGGUGCUUAUCCUCCGACAAAGUUGGGUCUCUCCUUAUACGAAGGUGGAACCAUUGGUUAUUUCCAGAAUUACAGAAACGAAACGUUAUCGAAAUUUUCGAUGCUACCAUACGAGUGGGGAAUGCAAAAGACUCCGUAUAGUCCACGACCUGAUAUUGUCGCAGAUACAGUGCGACGCAAAAUAAAUCGCGAGUUAACCGUACUUUCAAAUGAUAUUUCAACAAUCGACAAUACGCGUAUGAAGGAAGUUGAUGACCUAUUCAAAGGAGUACAAAUUCAUCGCAGUCAAUAUAAAGACCGCACCGGUAGCUUUCAUCCUUUAAGUUUCUUUAAACCCGAUACCUACAUGUAUCAGUGUGCACCAGGAAUGACGACGUCAUAUUUCUUGAAAUAUCCAACGAAUUAUGUCAAACACAAAAUGCCAAUAGUUUUACCUCUCACUUACGAAAGGAGGAUGCAGACACCAUACAUUCCAGAUUUAUCUCUGUCUGGGAUAUAUAAUAAAUCCGCUUGUAUUGCUUAUAAACGAUAGCUUAUUACACGUGUUAAUGCUGCUAUAAACCAAGGUAUUACUCGAGAAAUAAUCUAAAAGUGAAUUAAACAUUGUAUAAAAUUAAAAGAAACGAGAUAUUUAGGUAAAUUAUUUGAAAUUAUAUAUAUUCGAAAUAUACGAACUUUAUUUUAUUUAAAUAUA